GCAUAUUUAAAAAGUAUAUUUAAAGAUGCUCUUGUAAUGUUAGAUAUAGCAUUUGAAAGAAGUAAUAUAAAGAGUUUAUUUGAAGCUAUAAUGGACUACUGUUCUACUAAAUUUGAAUCUAAACUUAAUAAGUUAAAGGAAGAUAUAACUAAAGGAUCACAAAAUUAA